AUGGUUCCCAGCGAUCUUGAUCGCGACGAAAUUCGGCAUUUAACCGCCGCAACCGGCGCAGCGCCUCGAGGCGGCGGCCGCGAAGGGUGUGACUUCGUCAAUGACCGCGCCGCGGCUGCAUCCGCCGCCUUUGCCGCUCCGCAAGACGCGCGGCGGGAACAGACACAGCACGAUGGCGCCGGGCCGGCGUCGCGAGUCGCCGCGGAAACGGCAUCUGCGGCGGAUGUUGAGCAAUGGCUGCGCGCGCUGGAAGAGGUUAGCGGCGCGGCUGACGGCGACAUUUCCGGCGCGGCGCUGGCGCCAGGCUUGCAGAUUCCCUUCGAUUUGCUCCAACAAUCUGCGGACGCCGCGUUGUUCGCUCAGCUACAGAUGCUCUCCUCGCCGCCGUUCGACGCGGCGCCGGCACUUGACCUUCACGACACGGUGGCUCUGAUAGGCAUGCGUGGGGCGGACGUUUCAGGCGCACUGCUGAUCGGGAGCCGCACAAGCCAACCUGCAGUGUGGUCCCCACGCACGAGCUCACUGAGCCAAGCCCAAGCAGGCGCUAGGUCACCGCGGGCAGGAGUAGGAGAGACCGAGACUCCUGGUGACGCGAGAGGCAGCGGGGAUGGAAGCGCUCAGGCACUGGAGUCUCCCCGCAAGGGCGCAUCAGGUGCAGGAGGGGCGACAGCAGCAGCUGGGGCAGUAAGGGCGCCAGGAGUUGAAGCCCAGGCGAUGUCCGAAGGGCGAGGAGGUGCGGGACCUGCCACGUCAGUGGCUUUGUCGGGGGGCGCCGCGGGUUUGUCGGGUGGAUUGUCGGCGGAGGACGACUGGCGGCCGCGGAGUCGAACGCGGUUUGACGCCGAGGCGAUGCGCAAGGGGGAGAUCAAGCCACGGAGCAUGAAGGAGAGACGGCGGAGAGACAAGAUCAGCGAGGGAUUGAGGCAGCUACGUCAAGCCAUCCCAGAAAGUCUGUUGGGUGCACAACAAGACAUGGGCGCUAUGAUCGAAGCAGCAGUCCUGCACAUAAGCAAUCUACAGGCUCGAGUGAGCAAGCUCGAAAGAGGCGCAGCAAUUGAAGAGAUUGUUGACAGAAUGCAGCCAUAA